GCGCAUGCGCGACCUCCUGGUGACCUCGGUAGUGAACGUGUUCGUAGUUGUCAUGCUUUGGAACGGCUGGUCGAUGCAGCACAGUUAGGCUUCAUUUUUAUUCCUGUUACUUGCAUUGGAUUUAUUUCUAUGAAACAAUAGAGGAGGAUUCUUUGUAUCGGUGGAAUAAAGUACUGUAUCAUGCAGUGACUGCCUUAAAGUGGACUGAUUAAAGGAAGGUGACGGAAGUGCGUUUCGCUGACGACGCUGAAAGAUUUCAGUUUAGUGUCUUGACCAAGUGAUUGGGAGAAUCGCCUGCAAAUUGCUUGGUCUACAUCUUUAGUCAUUGGUAAUGUCCAGUCCUGGGGGCUCCAGCGGAAGUACCGUAGCAGUACGAGGAGCAGCAGCUGCUAGAAGAUUGAAAUGGAGCCUGGAGUUGUGUGUUGGCAUGUCUCGGGGGCGCUCCGAUAGACAAGGAAACCAGGGGGAUUCGCUGUAUCCUGUUGGCUACUCUGACAAGCCCAUCCCUGAUGCAAGUGUGCAAGAGACGGACCGAAACUUAGUGGAAAAGCGAUGCUGGGAUGUAGCACUGGGACCUCUCAAGCAGAUUCCGAUGAAUCUGUUUAUCAUGUACAUGGCUGGAAACACCAUCUCGAUCUUUCCCAUCAUGAUGGUAUGCAUGAUGGCUUGGAGGCCAAUUCAGGCUCUCAUGUCAAUGUCUGCAACAUUUAAACUUUUGGAAAGCUCAAGCCAGCAGUGGUUGCAAAGUCUUGUGUAUUUUGUCGGAAAUCUGCUUGGACUAGCGCUGGCCGUCUACAAGUGUCAGUCAAUGGGUCUUUUGCCCACACACUCCUCUGACUGGUUGGCUUUUAUUGAACCGCCAGAGAAAAUGGAGUACAUGGGUGGUGGGAUGGUCCUGUAGGACGUCUGGAGCACCGAUUAACAGGACUUACUUUGCUCAUGGACUCUUCGUUUGGAACUGUUUCAAACAUUGCACUGCAGUGCCAGUGUCGUCGUCGUCGAACUUAAUUACAGCUAAUAAAUUCUAAUUGAGAAUAUGGUGAUUAUGUGGUGCGCUCAGUAAGCAGUAAAGAAUGUGAAAUGUGUAAGACCUCGGUGACUUUUCUCUGCCAUUUGAUGUUUUUUUUUUGGGAGCAGCUGUUACUGUUGUAAUGGUUUGUUUCUGUUGUUGCCAUUUUAUUUAUUUAAAUGAAAUUUCUGUCAAAACCCGAGAUCCUAAGCCUAUCUUGUUAGUAGACAGUCCACAUUAUAUAAUACAAAUACAUAGCCAUAUAUUUUACCUAGUAGUUUUACUUGGAGGUUCAAUGCUGUUCAGAUAAAGGCAGUUUAUAAUUCUGCUGCACGUCAGUAGGUGUAAUAUAUAAAUAACUACAUGUCUGAAUUCAUGCCACUCUGCUGUCAGCCUGAUUCCCAGUAAACAUAACUGCCCAUAAAGUAUCCCUUUUGUGUCUCUUAUUAGUUAUAUUUUAGUUAGAAAUUUGGAGCAUAUUUAUUUUGCGACUACAAAAUAAAAAGCCUCUAGAAAACAAAUGUCCCUUUACAGUCGGCUGUAAUUAAAACAAAGGUUUUUCUUUCUUUGUUUUUUACAGCAUAUUGAGAUGAAAGGCCACAGUAUGUCAGUGCUGAAUCUAGAAUUUUACAGUGCUAAUAAUAUCUGCGCUGAGGCUCGUUUUUGAGGUUUCAUGUCCGCACACAAAUGUAGAGAACAUCGCUUCAAAAGUGACAGUGAGGCCUUUGGGUGUAAAGAUGUGAACUAGUGGACAGUGUAACAAGUGUGAUAUUGGCAAUGACCCACUUUAAGAAAAAAAAAAUCAUUAAAGCCUUAUGAACUUUG